AAAAUGCUGUUUUGAUUAUAAACUUUGCAUGGUACCUGUUCCUUAUCUUAUUGGAAAUGUACCGUAAUUUCUUCCUUGAUGACUUGAGGGAGUUCAGGGACAUUUUUUAAAAUGAGUAAUGGCAAAGAAGCUGAGCUUUGUAUCCAGCACUUUGGUGUUUACAGCCAUCAUUUCAGGAGAGACCAGAGGAGUCCACAUAUGUUAGGAGUACAUAUCUUUCGUUCUUCAUUCUGUAGAGCUGUUGUAGCCAGGAGCAAGCAAAGAUGUGUGCCUCACACAUAAACCUAGAAUAUUUACAGUUUUUCUUUCUUGUCUGUUAGGGAGUUAACUGGCUUCUCAGUCUGUGUAAAGAACAAGGAAGUGAGUCAAAAUAAAUGUUUGUUAAUGUAUGGUAAACACCACCACACAUUCUUUCACAAUUUUAAAGGAAAAUUCCAGUGUGAAAUUAUUAUAUCUUGGAAAAUCUUCAACUUUUAAGAGAAACAUACCAACAAACAAUUUCUCACUCAGUUUUUAGAACACGAUGACUGCUUGUGUUUAUUACUGGUAGAAUGUGGCUUUAAUGAUGCCCACAAGUAAGGAUCUGUUUUAAAAAGAAUUGACUUUCCUACUAGGUAGUACUCAAAACUCACUCUUUCAAAGUGUCAGGUAGUUUAAAGGGAAUUUUAAUAUUUGUUGAGACAGAUGGUCCGUCCGUCGUAGUUUGCUAAUAAUAAGCAGUCAAGAAAGGAUAUUAAAUUUAAUUCUUUUAUUUUUUUCAAGUAUUGACACCAGUACUGGAGUUUUCCUUUAAGUACCUUUUUUUGCAUUUCAACAUAGCCUAAAAUGGAAAAUCUGAGGCCAAAUAAAAAAUAGUUUUGAGUCACUUUGCACGUUAGUAGCUCGGGCCGUUGUGCCGUGCCAUCUUCCUGCCUGUGCCAGGGACCUCCCGACUCAUUGGCUGCCAUGGCAUCACAUGAAGGCAAUCUUUUCGUCGGAGGGCUGAGUUUUGACACCAACGAGCAGUCACUGGAGCAGGUCUUCUCAAAAUAUGGACAGAUCUCAGAAGUGGUGGUCGUGAAAGACAGGGAGACCCAGCGAUUGAGGGGCUUUGGGUUUGUCACCUUUGAGAACAUCAACGAUGCCAAGGACGCCAUGAUGGCCAUGAACGGGAAGUCUGUGGAUGGGGGGCAGAUCUGGGUCGACCAGGCUGGCAAGUCGUCUGGUAACCAAUCCCGCGGGUACCGAGUUGGCUCUGCUGGGGGCCAGGGCUUUUUCCGCGGGGGCUGAGGCCGGGGCCGUGGGUUCUCCAGAGGAGGAGGGGACCGCGGCUACAGGGGGAGCUGGUUCGAGUCCAGGAGUGGGGGCUAUGGAGGCUCCAGAGACUACUACAGCAGCUGGAGUCAGGGUGGCAGCUGCGGUGACCAGAGCUCGGGCGGAUCCUACAGAGACAGCUGCAACAGUUAUGCUACACACAACGAGUAAAAAUCCUUCCUGCUCGAGAUCGUCCUUCCAGUGGCCGUAUAUUUAAAAAUUUUGGGAGCUCCGCUGAAUCGUUAAUGUGUAGUGAUCACACGUCCUUGUACCCACUUUUGUAGUCUUACUGGUUCUGAUCUUGUCAAACACAGCCUGACUGCUUCUGGCCCCCAGAUGGCCUUGUUACUACACUUUGCUUUUUAAGGAAGCGCUUUCCAUUUUUAAGAGUCUUAAAAACGUUUUGAAGAGCACUUCCAGUUUUACUUUUACCAUUUUACUGUGAGCCAAGAGGUUUUUUCCAGAAAAUCACCAGGGGUUGUGAGAGUUUUGUUUUUUGUUUUCGGUUGUGUUGCUUUUUUUCUUUUUCUUUUCAUUGGGGUCGGCCCCGUAAAGUUGGGUGCCCCGAGUCACUUCUCUUUGAGAUUGAACAGACUCUGAAUCUGCUCUUUGUCCGAAGCUGAGCAAGUUGUAGCUUUUUUCCAACUCGGUGUCAUGUUUCUGAGUGUAGCGUGGUAGAACCGUGCAGGUGGCAGCAGAGUACCCGGGCUGCCCUGGCCUGGGCGUCCACCUGUCCUGUGGGACCCACAGUAGAUUUGCAGACAUCCCCGAGAGGUUCUUGAAAAUGUGUAUUUAUAUUGUCCUUUUUUGCCGGAAGACGUACACAUGUCCCGUCAAUGUUGUAUCUGAAGGGGUGAAGGAAUUCUUACAAGCAGUUUUCUUUGGCUUCAUGAAGCCGAUUAAAAGACCAUCUGAAUGAAAAAAAAAA